AUGCUCCCGCCCCGUCCCGCCCUCUCAGAGCCGCGCAGACCCUCGCCGACGUGGCUCUUCCACCUCACGCUUCGCCGGACGCGAGCCAAGCGCGACCAAAGGGCAGAGCAGCCUCCAGGGGCCAGGCGAGCCGAGCGGGACCAGGCCCGCCCCCAACUGCAGGCUCCUCCCUCGAGGGCACGUUCUGGAGGCUCCAAACAGACGCACGUACGCUUAUUGUUUAACGCCGACGCCCGCGGUCGGUCCGCCGCCGCACGCCUCUCUUCACAGCCCACACCCACCGGUGGCCUCCGCCCCGCCCCGCCGUCGCAGCCCGGCCCUCGGCGCGUCGCGCGGGGGCGGGGCGCGCGCACGUGA